UUGAUCAAUUGAACGCCUCAGAGAAGCUAGAUGAAAGAUGCAUGCGUAAUUCAGCCUACAACUUCCCCGUAUACAAUAGAAAAAAUAAAAAGCUAAUUAAGGAUCUCUGCAUCUUCUUGUUCGUCGUCGUCGGGAUGCUGAAGGAAAAUGACCAUGAAGCGAAAGGAGGUUCCCAUUAACAAUUGCGAUGUUUACAUAAACCUACCAAAACUAUUGAAAGGCCUCCUCUACCGUUCACGUAACGGUAAUGUGGAUUAUUAUCCUACUAAGUUUAUUGCAAGUCCUGUUGCUAGUUCUGAAAUUGUUAAUAGUGAUGAUGGUAUAUUGAUUGAGAUUUUAAGUAGACUUCCAGUGAAAUCACUCUUAAGGUUCAAAUCAGUAUGUAAACGUUGGUUGUCUUUGAUUAAGAACGACACCUACUUGAUUCAAUUACACAGUACCCGAGCAAAUCACGUCCGAAACUCCUUGUCAUUUUCCGUUGCAGCAACAACGAAAGAACGGCGAUGGUCAUUGGCUUAUGCGUACCAAAACGCCUCGUCAGUGUAUUUUGUCUUCAGAGUUAGUACUGGGUGAAGGAAGUGGUUGUGAGGAAAGAGAGCCAGAGGCCAUUAUUCAUAAUGUUAGGAUGACUGAUAAUAACUGGUUUGCUUAUGAUCAAGUUUUGGGACCCGUAAAUGGUUUGGUUUGUUUUGUAGAUUGGGGUGAAUUUGCUGUUAGAUUAUACAAUGUCAGUACCCGAGAAGUAACACCAUGGAUACAAUCAACAUUAUUGAAGGAAGAAAGAGAUCUGUAUGAAAAAGAUGGCACUUACAUAAAUAAUGUUCACGGAGGACCAGUUUUUCAAUUUGGAUAUGAUCCUUUGGCUAAGGAGCAUAAAAUUUUCUGCUUUUGGACAUUAUCAAGAAUCCGAACUUAUCUUGGGCGUGCUAUUGAAUCCCAUAAUUAUGUAAGUUGGGAGGCCUUGACCAUAGGUCGUGACACUAAGUGGAGAAGGAUUGAUGUGGUGCCUCAUGAGGACAACCAAGAAAAGCUUAAUGUGGUGAUUUCUCCAUUCUUGAAUAGAAAAUCUUUUGUGUAUGCAAAUGGUUCCAUAUAUUGGAUAAAUAAGCGUAUGAGCACCUCGGAUGAUUCUGUUCAUUGUACCGAGGACAAACACUCCGAGCGUGGUGGUAAUGGCGAUCCUGAUGUCAUCGUAGCGUUUGAUGUUGGAAGUGAGAAGUUUAGAGUUAUUCCAAUUCCUAAGUUCAUUCUUGACGAGCCUCGUGAACCAACCUUCUCGCAGCCUAUUGCUAUUCUUGAAAAGGAUGGACGUGUAGUUCUAGUAUAUAGAAAGAGACCGUGCACUGUGAAAUUGUGGAUAUUGAAUGAUGGCAUUAACAGAAAAAUGGAGAAUUGUAAAGGAAACAUAAGAAAUUGGAGUGAAGAGACUAUUGCGUUACCCUUUCUUUGCGAUACCCGGAUUCUCGGCUUUCAUGGAAUUCCAGGGACUACCCAGAUUGUCUUUGAAAACUAUGGAGAUUUUCAUAAACACAUUAAGUUAGUGGCUUUGUAUUCAUAUGAUCUCAAAAAAAAAUACUUUCAAAGAAAUUGAGAUCGACGGAAUCUCUUCCAUUCCCCUUCAUUACACUAGGUUUCUAUUAGCAACUUUCACCGAAAGCCUUUUUUCCUGUUCAGCCUCAACAACACAACACAGUCAAAACUUAGUGCAUCUUAAUGGUGGGCACUUGUGCUAGUAGUUUUACUCAUGUUUCCUUGUUCUGUUUGAUUGGUCUGCAUCAGUCUAAGCGCCAGUACUGGUAAUAGUUUCUGGUUUUUAACUGAUACUAAUAGGUUGCUGAGAAUCUGACAAAGACUCCCAAAGCCAGUUAUUGUGAAGUUAAUUUAUUGAAUAAAGUUCUGUUUAUUCUUCACUGUUUCUGUGUUUGUGUGAUCUGAAACCUCGUCAGGUGUUACGGUGGGUUUGAUUGUUGAAGAGAUUGGUGUUUUUGUUUCUUAUAAUCCUUUUGAUUAAAUCUAGAAGUCUGGAUUUUGUUUCCUGAUUAUGAAAAUGGAUGUGAAAAUUCUGUGUUUCAAGUGUGUGGAGACUGAAGAAGUUCGUAUGUAAUAAUCACAAGUAUUUAAUGUUUUUCUGUUGAAGCAAAUCCACAAGGUCAAGACUUGUGGGAUCUUGCUAAUGGUGUUGUCUCGGCAUUCCAGGCGACACUCAAGAGAAUGUGGAUUCUCUAAGAAAGUGGAGUUUAAUAAUGGGGAAGAUCUCUGUUUGUUCGAGUUAGAUGUGGAGAAGGCAAUUAACUCAACCAGCCACCAUUGAAUUAGAUAAUGUUCUUUCAGACCAAGAAGCCUUACUAAGCAAGUAUCAAGCUAGAGUUCAGAAGAUGUACACAAAGUUGCCUCAAGCUUUCAUCAAGUUCAGGUGCAGAGGUGUUGUUGGGAGAAAAGUUGUAAAUGUAGAUGCAGCAAGGGUGGUCACAGGAAAAGAAACUAGCGUGCGAAAUACUAUAAUUUUAUGGAAUGUCAUAGGUGGUCAUGCCAAACAGGGCUGUUCUAUGAAGCUCGUGCAUGAUCAUUAUUUAUGAGAACGGAGACGAAGAUAAGCUGAUUUAGGAGCAAUAUUUGUCCUAGAAAAUUCUGAUAUACACAAGAGAGUAAGGAACCUUGUAAUUCCAAUGUUUCCAUCAGAUCACUCCCAUCAACAGUGUCAAGGAUAGGAAGGAAUUCCUCUGGAUCAGCAGGGAGUGAUCUUCACAGGAAAGCAACUUGGGACGAAUUCCUCCAGAUCAGCAGAAUGGUUUUCGCAGGAAAGCAACUUGAAGAUGGCCAUAGCUUGGGUAAUUACAACAUCCAAAAGGAAUCUACUCUUCAUUUGGUUUUGACGCUUUAUGGAGGGGUUAUUGAGCAUUCUUUGAUGACUUUGGCUAGGAAAUACAAUAAAGAUGAGCUGAUUUUCAGGAAAUGUUAUGCUCGUCUGCAUCCAAGAGCCAUGAAUCGUAGAAAGAAGUAGUGUGGUCACAGCAGCCCAAGAAAAAGAUCUAGUGAGCACUAGUCUUGCCGUUGUUGUGGCAGCUAGUAGAAGUGAUAUCUGUCUCAAAUCUCUUACUACAUAACAAUGUUUAGUUUCCGGAACUGAUUCUAUGAUCAUCUUCAUUUGAUUUUGUUCUUUCUCUCAACAUCAUGUUCAGCUAUAAAAUUUUGUUUGAAGUAAAGUUGAAUGUUACAGUUAGCAACACAAUUGGAGACAACGUGGCUUUAGAAGAUACGAAACUUUUGUUUAUCUCAACAGCUACUAUUUCUUCUUACUGAAAAGAAGAAAGAGUCACUGUAUGUAUUUCUUCUUUGAGUUCGGUUUUCUCUCACUAUUUAUAAGAAUAAACACAUUAGUGGAACAG